UAAAGAACAAGUCAACAGGAAAAAAAGAUGCAGCUAAAAAAAGCCAUAGCAUUUUUAGUUUCCCUACUAGUUGUGAACGCAGUAGCAGAGAGUCCUUACAGAUUCUUUGAAUGGAAUGUUACAUAUGGAACCAUUUCUCCUCUAGGUGUUCCCCAACAGGGAAUUCUGAUCAAUGGCCAAUUCCCUGGUCCUGACAUUAUCUCUGUCACCAAUGACAAUGUUAUUGUCAAUGUCUUCAACAGCUUGGAUGAGCCUUUUCUAAUUUCCUGGAAUGGAGUGCAAAAUAGGAGAAACUCAUACGAAGACGGGGUAUGGGGAACGACGUGCCCAAUACCACCAGGGAAGAAUUUCACAUACACUUUACAAAUGAAGGAUCAAAUAGGGAGCUUUUACUACUUCCCUUCCCUUGGAUUCCACAAAGCUGCAGGUGGUUUUGGUAGCAUCAGGAUCUUCAGCGGGCCUUUUGUCCCUGUUCCUCUCCCUGCUUAUUCUGGCGAUUUCGCCGUCCUUAUUGGUGAUUGGUACAAGAGGAAUCACACGAACCUUAGAGCUAUUCUUGACAGAGGCCACAAGUUGCCUUUUCCGGAUGGCAUUCUUAUCAAUGGUCGUGGUCCUAAUGGUGCUUCCUUCACAGUUGAUCAAGGGAAAACUUAUAGACUGAGGAUAUCCAAUGUUGGAUUGGAAAACUCACUCAACUUCCGAAUCCAAGGACACAACAUGACGUUGGUUGAAGUAGAGGGUACACACACAAUGCAAGAGACAUAUUCCUCACUUGAUGUUCAUGUUGGACAGUCCUACUCUGUCCUAAUCACGGCUGAUAAAGCUCCCAAGGACUACUACAUUGUGGUUUCGUCCCGUUUCACGUCUAAGAUUCUUACUACCACUAGUGUACUUCACUAUAGUAACUCUAACAGCCCGGUCUCUGGCCCGCUCCCCAGUGGUCCAACCAUCGAAGUUGGUUGGUCCCUUUACCAGGCCCGUUCUAUCAGGACCAAUUUGACCGCUAAUGGACCAAGGCCUAACCCACAAGGUGCGUACCAUUAUGGUAUGAUUAAUACAACUAGAACUAUCAGACUUGCAACUUCUGCUGGUCUAGUGAAUGGCGAGCAGAGAUAUGCUGUCAACAGUGUGUCCUUUGUGCCCACUGAUACUCCGCUCAAGCUUGCUGACUACUUCAUGAUUGGAGGGUUCCACCCCGGAAACAUACCUGAUGCCCCACCCGGUGGAGGAAUUCACCUCGACACAUCUGUUUUGCAAACUGACUAUAGGACAUUCAUUGAGAUUAUAUUCGAGAACAAGGAGAGGAUUGUCCAAAGCUGGCAUACUGCCGGCUACUCCUUCUGGGUAGUAGGCAUGGACGGAGGACGAUGGAGUCCUGCAAGAAGGAAUCAAUACAAUCUUCGCGAUGCAGUUUCACGUUGCACAACUCAGGUAUAUCCCAGGUCAUGGACAGCAAUAUACAUUGCAUUGGACAAUGUGGGAAUGUGGAACAUAAGAUCUGAGUUUUGGGCUCGACGGUAUCUCGGACAACAGUUAUACAUGAGGGUCUACACAACAUCAACCUCUUACAGAGAUGAAUUACCGAUUCCAGUUAAUGCUCUUUUAUGUGGCAAGGUGGCUGACCGCAACACAAGCCGUUUUUAAGCUAAGCUGCAAAUGAAAUAGAGAAAACACUUGAUUUACGUAUGAUUGUCGUGUGCUGUUAUACAGAUAGCCUCAGAUAGGAAGGUUAGGAUUAAGUAAUAGCUCAUUAGUGCUAGAAUUAGUUUACCACUUCUAGUUUGAUUGGACUUAACAUAAGGUCCAUUCUCUGUUUACACUAAAAAUUGCAUUCAGUUCUAUUCUCGUUGUUUUAGUUG